CAUUUUUCAUUUUUGCUCACUUGGUCAUGAAAACGUUUUUCUCGUCUAUAUUAGAUAUUCAAUACUUGUUUAAUUUAAUACACAUCGGUUAUGAGUUUUGUGUAGUCUAUCAAAACCUACCAACGACUAAUCAGUGGUUGAUUAACAUUAAAAACCGCUUCAAUUGAUUUUUUAUUCAUGUUGAUAAUUCGACAAUGAAAUAUAAUAUUAUAACUCUACUUACUAGUUCACUCAUUUUUUCAUCAAUAAUUCGAGACUCUCAGACCAAGCGUUUAAUGACAAGAGAGGAAAUGAUUCAGUCACCAUUUCACCCAGAAAUGUUCAACGGGAUUUGGUAUUCAGAUACUGGGAUAGUUUAUAAUGAUCAACAAGUGCUGAAAUUAAUGGAUGUAACUACUAAACAAAGCGUGGUUCUAGGGGAUGGAACUUACCUGAAGACUUAUCAAACUUCAAGCUUCCUUUUAACGAGUGAUAAUCAAUGGAUUCUCCUUCAACAUGAUUGUAAGAGUGUCUAUCGAUAUUCUAAUUUGUGUAACUACACAAUUGUCGAGAUAAAAAGUGGUACACCUUACAAAGUGGCUGGCGGCAAAAAACUUCAACUAUUCAGAUGGAUACCUAACAGCCAUUCAUUUGUUUACGUGAUGGACAACGAUGUCUACUUCCAAGAAAAUCCGUCUGAAUGGGGCUCUAUAAGGUUGACCUCUGAUGGAGUUCCAGGCGUCAUUUUCAAUGGUAUUGGCGACUGGGUCUAUGAAGAGGAGGUACUCCGCAAGUCUAGAGCCAUGUGUUUUUCACCUGGAGGAACAAAAUUCGCUUAUCUUCGUUAUGAUGACUCCAAUGUCGCGGAAGUGCAUUAUCCAGAGUAUGGUUCACCAGGAAGUUUGAAAACGCAGUACGUGAAAGAUAAAACAAUGCGAUAUCCAAAGGUAGGAACUCCCAAUCCAAAAGCUAGCGUGCACUUGAUUGAUUUGAAAACAAGGAAAGCAAUAGAGAUUGAUGGCAUACGUGCACCACUUGAUCUUGUGACAGACGACUACAUUCUUGCAAGAGUAGCCUGGGUAGAUGAUGAUAAUGUAGUGGCUGCCUGGACUAAUAGAGCGCAGACUAUAGCGGUGUCUAUGAUAUGUAAAAUUAGCACAGCAGAAUGUCACAAGAUUUUGGAAACUAGGCAGGACGACGGCUGGGUUGAAUAUCCAAUAUUCUUCUUCAAGAGCGUGAAGUUUUUCGUAACUCUUCUGCCUCAGCCUCAAGGUGAUGCCGGCACAUUUCAACAUCUGACCGUUGUUUCGAGUGCGGGUCAAAGAGCACUUACCACCGGCAAACGAGUUGUCUAUUCUAUUGUCGAUUAUGAUACCACCAAUUCAUUGAUCUACUACUUGGCUACUGACGAAACCAAUCCUACAAGACUACAACUCUACGUAAUCCCUGACAAUAGUUCAACGGCUGAGAAAUGUCUUUCGUGCAAUAUUUGCGGAACCGCUGAAGCAGCAAUGAGUCUCCAAAAAUCGUAUUUCAUACUGUAUUGUUUUGGGCCUGAUCCUCCUUCUUUUUAUGUUUAUUCGAGUAAAGGGGAGUUGAUUACUACAUUAAAAACCAAUUCGAAUUUGGAGAAGAGGCUGGAAGAAAUAUACCAGCCGUCCAAAGUUAACGAUGAGAUCAGUACAGGCGAUGGAAUGACAGCUCGUGUUCGACUAAUCCUGCCUAGUAGUUUCAUCAGUAACAAAAAGUAUCCUCUUCUUCUUAGCAUAGGUGACGAACCAGAUGGAACACAAUUCGACGACAAAUACUAUGCUCCAGAUUUCGACAGCUAUAUGGCAACAGUUAAAAAUGUUAUUGUAGGUCAUAUUGAUGCAAAAGGUUCAGGAAGAAGAGGGAAUAAAUUAAAAUUUGCGAUUUAUAAAAGAUUUGGGGGACCUGAAAUCGAUGACAUCAUAUAUUUGACAAAGAAAUUGAUUGAAAAAUACGUGUAUAUUGAUGCAAAUCACAUAGGCAUCUGGGGCUCCUUGUAUGGAGGAUACGCUACAGCUAUGGUUCUUGCCAAAGAUAGAGAAAACAUCUUCAAAUGUGGAAUUUCAGUAGCUCCUAGAACCUGUUGGUCAUUUCAUGAUAGUAUCUACACAGAGCGAUACAUGGGUUCAUUGAGCGAUAACAAAGCCGGCUACAAUAACUCUGACGUAACCAAGCUUGUUGAGGGACUCAGAGGGAAAACUUUUCUACUAGUUCAUGGUACAAGUGAUGACAAUACUCACUAUCAACACACUGCAGCACUCGCUCGAUCUCUACAGACUAAUAAUAUCCCGUAUCAGAUGAUGAGUUAUAUCGAUGAGUCAUUUUCUCUUCAUCGUUACUCCUCUUUUAAUAUCCAACGGCAUCACAUGACUAACAUGGAAAAUUUCUGGAAUAACUGUUUUAGUCUGGAUUCAACAUAAAUAUUUAUGAAUGUUGACUGACUCCUAUCGAGCACUGGGAGUUUCAGUGAGGGCUCAUUCAACACUCAACUGCACUAUUCAGCUGAUUGUAAUCUCUAUUCAAUUUAAUCUUGAAAAGAAGAUAUCUGACAAGUUGUAAACAGAUAACUAGUCUGAAGAUAAUAGAAUUGAUUUAUGAAUAAUUAUUGUAUUUUUGUGAAUAGUAAAUAUGGAUUAUAAGUAAAGUAACCUUCAUUCUGGAUUCUCAA